GUUAGAAUGAGUAGAAUGGAUAUAGAGGAUUGGUGAUGCUUAGUUGAUUGAUUAUAUGUUUAUGGGUGCUGUAAUAGAAUCUCAUUUUAGUUGGGAAAUGGUUAAAAAGAGAACUUUACAGCUUCGCAAAUCACAUUAACGGGGGAAGUUGGGAAUUUGGUGUUUUAAAGAUUUUUAGGGAAAUGAUAAUAUUUGUUGAAGUGCUCUUUUGUUUAUUUGGUGCGAAUAAUUUUGUUGUUAAUAGUAAUUUAGUUUGAUGAGGGUUCGGAAAUAACAACAAGAAGAUACCCAGUGUAAUCCCACAAGUGGGGUCUGGGGAGGGUAGAAUAGGAUGUACCCAGACCUUAUCUCUACACCGUUUCGUGCCAGCUUGCGCGCACCUCGAUCAAUUCCACGGGAUACGUGCCAUCCCCACCAGCAACAAAUAUUUCACCAAGAGUCCGCAAGAUGCUGUAACACCUUUCCAAAUUCUGGGCGGUGAAGCUCAGAUCGUUCAGAUUAUGUUGAAGCCACAAGAAAAGAUUAUUGCAAAACCUGGGUCCAUGUGCUAUAUGUCUGGUUCCAUCCAGAUGGAAAAUGUGUAUGCCACUGAAAACGAAGCAGGUGUCUGGCAAUGGCUUUUUGGAAAGAAUACGACAAGCAUAGUUCUUCACAAUACAGGUACAACUGAUGGAUUUGUCGGAAUUGCUGCUCCUUCCCUGGCAAGAAUCCUCCCGAUUGAUUUAGCAAAAUUCGGAGGUGAAAUCUUAUGCCAGCCAGAUGCAUUCCUCUGCUCCAUUAAUGAUGUCAAAGUCAGUAAUACCAUUGACCAAAGGCCACGUAAUCUAGUUGCUACUGCAGAGGGAUUCUUAAGGCAGAAGAUAUCAGGCCAAGGGCUUGCAUUUGUAGUCGGGGGUGGUUCUGUUGUACAGAAAAAUCUCGAGGUGGGUGAGACACUUUCUGUUGAUGUGCCAAGCAUCGUUGCAGUAUCAUCAACUGUCAAUGUUCAAAUAAAAUACAAUGGACCCAUGAGAAGGGUGGUAUUUGGGAAUGAUAAUCUGGUGACAGCUGUCCUAACGGGGCCUGGUAUUGUGUUUAUCCAAAGCAUGCCUUUCCAUCGGCUUUCACAACGCAUUGCUAGGGCGGUAACAUCUCCAAACAUGAGGGACAAUCCCAAGUUCUUCAUUCAGAUUGCAAUUUUCUUCUUUCUAGCUUAUGUUGUUGUUGUGUCAUCAUUGAUCUUGACAGAUAUUUGAGCCUUUUUUCAUUUUCACAAAAUUCUGUAGAUUGCUCGUCGCGACAUCUAGUUUUUUUUUUUUUUUGGAUUGACGGGCGGUUGGAUGUUAAUUAUAAAAUAUAGAGUAACAGUAAGCAGGGUUAUGACUCUCUCUCGAUGGUGGCAUAGUUUGGUAUAGAAACUGUAAAAGGAAUGGAAAGUGCUCACUUGUAUAAUGUAUUCGAAACUUCCAAUCGUAGCUGAAUGGUUUUUCUGGCAUGAAAACCGCGUAAUUUGUCUU